AUGGAUUCUGUGGCUCGCGUGUCGUCCGCCUUGGACCCAGCUCGUGAUCUCACAGCUGAGGCCGCGCAAGCGGUAGGUGUUGGUAGAGCUGUGCGAACUGGAGGACCAUCGAAGGGCUUGUCCCACGCGAAGUUGAAGGCUCUACUCGACAGCAGAAGCGACCGCGAAAUUCUCGAUGGACUGAGAAGGGUUGUGGCAAUGAUCUAUCAGAACAAGCCUUGCCUACCGUUCUUCUCUUCGGUGGUCAAGAACGUGGCUAAUCCUAAUAUUGAAGUCAAGAAGCUCGUCUAUAUCUACUUGCUUCACUAUGCUGAAUCAGAUCCGGACCUGGCUUUGUUGUCAGUCAACGCGAUACAGAAGUCGCUCACCGACACGAACCCUCAAGUUCGUGCGCUGGCACUUCGUACUAUGUCUGGUAUGCGAGUGCCCGUUAUCAGUCAGAUAGUCUCGCUGGCCAUCAAACGCGGCAUCAGCGACAUGAGUCCACACGUUCGAAAGGCCGCGGCGCUAGCGAUACCAAAGUGCUACAACCUGGAACCGAAUUCGUUGCCGCAACUCCUUGAUUACCUUAGUAUCCUUCUCGGAGACAAGCAAUACUUUGUCGCUGGGCCAGCUGUCCAGGCUUUUCUGGAGAUAUGUCCGGACAGAACGGACCUCAUACACAAACACUACCGUGGUCUGGUGCGCAAGCUUGUCGAUAUGGAUGAAUGGAGUCAGCUCGCGACGUUGAAAGUGUUAGCCAAGUACAGUCGACAAUGUUUUCCUUAUACGACCAAGAAGGUCACGCGAACUACGAGGAAAGGUUUCUACGAAGACGAGCCGGACGAGGUCGAAGAUACCGAUGACACUGUCCGUGUCCUCCAGCCAGAUCUUGAAGCGCUUCUCAAAGCGGCUCAGAAUUUACUCCAGUCUAGAAGCGCCGCGGUGAUCACGUCAGUGGUUGCAACGUACCUCUAUGUCGGAACAGCAGAAUACCUGGAAUCAGCUAUCGGGCCAUUACUCUCAGUCUUGCGGUCAUCGCAGGAGACAGAGGAGAUAGUGCUGCAGAAUAUGGUCGCUGUCGCACUAGAGCACCCAGCGUUGUUUGUGCCAUGGCUGUCCCAUUUCUUACUCGCUAGCGGUGACACGCCUAGCAUUUGGACGCUGAAGCUUGAAAUGCUGACUCUGAUCUUUCCACAUGGCUCUGCAAGCAUACAAGCACUGAUUCUGAAUGAGCUUGAGCACUUCGCGCACUCAGCGUCGGUCGACAAGGUCCAAGAAUCUGUCAGAGCAAUUGGUCGUUGUGCUCAGACUUCUCCGUCGGCGUCGUCGAAAUGUUUCCAGGUGCUAUUGCAGCAAAUUUCCCAUUUCGAUAAUUUAUUGGUCUCCGAGGUCCUCACUGUCAUGCGCCAUUUGAUACAGCGAGACGCUGCAUCACAUCACAAGACGAUUGUUCGACUCGCUCGAAAUCUGGACAAAACAUCCAGUCCUCAAGCCAGGGCCACUAUAAUUUGGCUAGUGGGCGAGUUUGCGGUUUUGGAAGGCCAGACGAAUACGGGCGGCGUUGGUGCCAGCAUCGCUCCAGACGUCCUGCGGAUACUCGUGAAAGGCUUCAGCGAAGAAGUCGAGGAGGUCAAGAUGCAGAUCGUACUGCUCGCGGCGAAAUGCUAUCUCUUGUGGCUGCAACAGAACAUUUCCAAAGACUCAGAUGAUGCCGAUCCUCCAUUGGAGAUCACAGGACAUGCAAUCCCCAAAUUAUGGGACUACGUGCUUGUUCUGUCCCGAUAUGACACCUCAUACGAUCUGCGAGACCGUGCACGGCUCUUCAAAAACUUACUGAGCGAGCCGCGCGAAGUCCAGCUUGCAAGUCUGCUCCUACUUGCCCCGAAGCCAGUUCCUCACGUGCCAUCCCCAUCUGCAAACCGUAAAGGCUUGCUCAUCGGCAGUACCUCACUUCUGUUCGGGCGCGAUGAAAUUGUUCUGCAUGGCCUACCAGGCUACGAAGACUUGCCGCCCUGGGUGGAGACUGGAAAUGAACCUGAUCCAGAGCUGAGGGAGAACGACGUUGGACUAGGUGGGGCAGGGGACCAAAAGGCCGCUGCAACGGCUAGUAGCCGGCUUGAAGAAGCCAUUAGAGAGCAGGGUCUUGCGCAGUCCGCUGCCGUGGGUCCUUCGAAGCCUGGCUCUGCUCUCAAGAAUAAAGACAAGGCGCAAACUCUGGAUGACUGGCUCGCAGAAAGUGAAGACGAAGAAAGCUCCGGAUCUGGAGAGGAAGAAACUGGAAGUGAGGAAGACGACGGUGGAGAAGACGAGUCUGGUGACGAAUUCGAGGACAGCGAUGAAGACAGCGACGAUGACCAUGAAAGCGAACAACGCAAGGGCCUGAUGACCUAA